AUGGACAGUGUAAGCAAACAAGAAGAGGUACUUCGGACUUAUCUCAGUCCUUGGGAAGGAUGGAUUAUGCAAAUCCAGAGCCUUCUAGUUUGGGAAAGACCCCGAUGGAGCAUUCUAUGGUUUAUUGCCCUUCACUUAUUGUUUUGGUUUUUUUGCAUCACAGAUUUUAGUUUCUACACUCUGUGUUGUCUUUUUGUAAUGACCGCACUUCUUAUUGAUGUCUUCAUGAAUAAAAUAUGGGUGAAAAUUAAAUUUCGACGUCAUGCCACAGCUGAUGACUCCGAUGCAUGGACUCCUGUCCACCUUCAUUUGCUUAGUGUGCCUGAACUGUGUCACAUGACCUCACAGUUCUCUUCUUCUUUAUCUUCAUCUUUCCAGCAAUGGCUCCUCUUUCGAAGAGAGCAUCCUUUGCAAUUCUUCAUUGUUAACACGUACAUAUGCCUCAAUUUUGCCAUUGUUGGUUGUUAUAUCCCAGGGAUUGUUGUCUCAUAUUUAAUUGGUAUUUCAGUGUUGUUAUCUCCAUGUCUUAUUUACUAUCGAGUGCCUCACAAAAUUUAUAAGAAACUAGAACCAGGCAUAAAUCGAGUGUGUUAUGUUCUAUCCUAUUUUAGUAUAUUUAUCACAGUUUUCCGAGCAAUACGAGGAGACUGCGGAAAUAAUCAGCCAGGAAUUGUCUUGGCUGCAGAUGGAACAUCUGACGAUCUCAACUUGGACGACUUAUGUCCUGAUACAGACACGGCCAUGUUGUCUGCAGCAGCAUCAGAGAGUGAAGGAGAAGAAACUCCAGGACCUUCAACUCCUGCACUCUCAGAGAAUCAAUCAAUAGAAAACAGUGAAGAUGAAGGACAUGAGAGUGACUUGGAACAAGAUCUUGCCGAAGGCCUUGGUGAAGAAAUGCCUUCCUUUGAUGACCACACAGAUGAUGAACUUCUAGAUAGCAAAUCAUUGUUACCAGAUUCAAUGCAGUUUGUUCCGACUCAUUUUGAAGAUUCUGACUCUGAUGAUGAGGGCCUGACACAUAACCUCAAGUUCUCAGAAGUGACUCCAAAAGGCAGAGAUGACAUAGAGUCUGAGCGAAAUAUUGCAGGGCAGCUAGUGGCUCAGGCAAUGGGCUCCAUGAUGAAGGCAGCAUUCCAGGGAUUAUCAUCAGAUACUGACAACAGCAACAAUGAUGGCAGCAGCAGUUAUGCUCCACGCAAAUCUCACAAAAGCAAGUCUUCACAGAAAAAAACAGAGUACGAAACCACCACUGUAAAACCUAAAAAUAAAAAAGGACGAAAUUCUGUGUCCUUGGAAGAUUAUUUAGAACAAAGUGAUACAGAAUUGGCAGAUGACUUUGAGUUCUUGGACCCUACAGAAUUAGAAGAUGUUGACAAUUCCACAUCAUCAAAAUAA